AAGAGUUUAUCUCCAGCUAGCAAUGGCUGUCUUCACCACCAGGUCGGCGGCCUUCCUUGGCCUCGCCGUCGUGCUCUGUGUCAUCGCCGGCGAGGCGAAUGCGCAGCAGCUCUCGCCCAACUUCUACUCCACGUCGUGCCCCAACCUGGCGUCCAUCGUGCGGUCGGGGAUGACCUCGGCCGUGCAGACGGAGAGGCGGAUGGGCGCGUCCAUCCUCCGCCUCUUCUUCCACGACUGCUUCGUCAAUGGGUGUGACGGCUCCAUUCUGCUUGACGACACGUCGACGUUCACCGGCGAGAAGAACGCCGGGCCGAACGCCAACUCGGCCCGCGGGUUCGAGGUGAUCGACGCCCUCAAGACCCAGGUCGAGGCUACGUGUAGGGCCACCGUCUCCUGCGCCGACAUCCUCGCGCUCGCCGCCCGUGACGGUGUCAACCUGCUCGGAGGUCCCACGUGGAGCGUGCCGCUGGGGCGCAAGGACUCGCGCACGGCGAGCCAGAGCGCGGCCAACGCGAACCUCCCGGGCCCCGGCUCCAGCCUCGCCACGCUCAUCACCAUGUUCGGCAACAAGAACCUGUCGCCACGGGACAUGACGGCGCUCUCCGGCGCGCACACCAUCGGGCGGUCGCAGUGCCAGUUCUUCCGCAACCGCAUCUACAACGAGACCAACAUCAACGCCAGCUUCGCGGCGCUGCGGCAGGGGACAUGCCCGCGGUCCGGCGGCGACAGCAACCUCGCGCCCUUCGACGUGCAGACAGCCGACGGGUUUGACAAUGCCUACUACCAUGUAAGACAAUAAGUUUUGGGGGAACCAGCACAACCCUCUAGAGGUGACUUAUCUCAUUAUAUAUAAUGGAUGUGCUACAAUACGUACAAUAUACGUACAUAAGUACAGAAGCUAUACAUAGUCUAACACCCUCCCUUAAUCUUAGCCACUUUCUAAAGAACU